CCAUUGGUUGGUAGGAGUGGUUUUAUCCUACACAUUUUUACUUGCAUUAAGGUGUUUAUUCGUAGACUUGGUGAUUUCGUUGACCUGGAAUUCUCGGAGUGUUUUUAGUGUGCAGUGCAGGGCCUGCUACAGUGUCUGAUAAAACAGGUUUUGAAAUUGCUGUUUUUGGAAAAGAAUGGCCUUCUUUUGAGUUGAACUCUUUUUAAGGAUUUUCAUCUUCUGAAAUAGAUGGCCUCAAGUAAAAGAGGUACAAAGGCUAAAGCUGGUGGUGUUCACUUUGCUGUAGGCCGUUCUCAUGAUGAAGCACAUAACCAUGUCCAUUUUGAAGAUAAGCUACAUGACUCUGUAGUUAUGGUUACCCAAGAUGAAAAUGGGUGUUACUUGGUGAAGGUUGGAUUUCUCAAGAUACUCCACAAGUAUGAAAUUACUUUUACCGUACCAUUUAGCCAAAAAGUGGGAACAAAUAUUUGUGCUGCUCCCAUACCCAAUGUUAAUUUGAAAGUACUAAACAUUAUAAAGGUACAGGAAGGUCACCGACUGAAAUGUGAAUAUACCGCACAUAAAGAAGGGGUCUUAAAAGAGGAGCUGAUACUGGCUAGCGAGACUGAUGAUAAUGCUACUGUUAAAGUCAUUAUACAGGCACGAGUAAUGGAUCGGCACCAUGGAACUCCAAUGCUGCUGGAUGGAGUCAGGUGUAUUGGGGAAGAGUUAGAGUAUGACUCUGAGCACAGUGAUUGGCAAGGCUUUGACUGAAAUAAGAAAUGUGCGAGGAUGAAGAGUUUAUUCAAAUCAAACCUCUACCAUGCGCUCAACUGCUGAGAUACUAUUCAGCAACAGGCUUUACAUUUUGUGACUUCUGAAGGAUCCUGUUAGAGUGUCUAAUGAACAGAGUAUUGGGUGUACAACUGUACAGUGAAAAAUAGAUGAGAAUGAUGAGCAUAAGGAGAUAUUUUUUUUAAAACAGGCCUGUGGUAAUUAUAGCUCAGAUAUUUGCAGACAUGCACAAGAUGCAGUUCAUGGCCUUGAGUGAAGGUGUAAAGAAUAAUUAAUGAGCAUCUGUAUACAACUAUUUUCCAUGAAAAUUUGUUUCUACUGUAGAUGUCCAUAAACCUACUCAUUGUAUAUGUUAUUAAAUGUGAAACUUUAUGUACAUUUUGUGCACAGCUCCAUUUUAAUAGUGUAAUGAUAUUUCCUUGUACAGUAUCUACAAAAACUUACGCUUUUUCAAGAACAUUGUUUCCCAAUGGUAUUUUGAAGUAUGUAUGGGUGGAACUAAAGGUUUUGUCCAUGGUGUGCUUACUUAUAAGGUUAUUGGGGCCUUGUGAGUGAAAUCCAUUUAGUGUACAUGAUGAGUGACCUAUUCGCAAUAUGCUUUUGCACUUCUGAAUAAUACAUGUUAAAUGUUGUUGCUGUUGACUUUUAAAAUAAAAGUAAAAAAAUUGGUUGUUGAAGGCA